CCCGCGGGCGGGGGAGGAAGGGGGAGCACCAAGGCCGCCGCGGAGCGGGGGAGCGGCAGCGCGGGGCGGGCGCGGCGCGGAGCUGAAGCGGGGCCGGCGGGGGCUGCGCCUCCGCGGCCAUGCCGAAUAAAAACAAGAAAGAGAAAGAACCUGCAAAAUCAGUUAAGAGUGGAAAAAGUGGCAAAGAUGGACAAGAUAACCAAGAACAUGAGGUGUCAAACAAAAAAUCAAAUAGUGCUCCUCCCCCAGCACAACUAUCUAAAAUCAAAGUACCAGCACCACAGACUGUAGUGAAGAAGGAAAAGCGUCAGAGUUCUUCAAGGUUUAAUGUUAGCAAUAACAGGGAGCUUCAAAAACUGCCAGCUUUAAAAGAUGUUCCUCCAGCGGAUCAAGAAAAGCUUUUUAUCCAGAAGUUACGACAAUGUUGUGUACUUUUUGACUUUGUUUCUGAUCCACUAAGUGACCUAAAGUGGAAGGAAGUAAAACGAGCAGCUUUAAGUGAAAUGGUAGAAUAUAUCACACACAAUCGCAAUGUGAUUACAGAACCCAUUUACCCUGAAGUAGUACAUAUGUUUGCAGUUAAUAUGUUUCGAACAUUACCACCAUCUUCCAAUCCAACGGGAGCAGAAUUUGAUCCAGAGGAAGAUGAACCAACCCUAGAAGCUGCAUGGCCUCAUCUACAGCUUGUUUAUGAAUUUUUCUUAAGGUUUUUAGAAUCUCCAGAUUUUCAACCUAAUAUAGCUAAGAAAUAUAUUGAUCAGAAGUUUGUAUUACAGCUUUUAGAGCUCUUUGACAGUGAAGAUCCACGUGAAAGAGAUUUUCUUAAAACAACUCUACACAGAAUAUAUGGGAAAUUCUUAGGCUUAAGAGCUUACAUCCGGAAACAAAUUAAUAAUAUAUUUUAUAGGUUUAUUUAUGAAACAGAACAUCACAAUGGCAUAGCAGAAUUACUGGAAAUACUGGGAAGCAUAAUUAAUGGAUUUGCCUUACCAUUAAAAGAAGAGCACAAAAUAUUCCUAUUGAAGGUUUUGUUACCAUUGCACAAAGUGAAAUCACUCAGUGUCUAUCAUCCACAGCUGGCAUACUGUGUAGUUCAGUUUUUAGAAAAGGACAGCACACUUACAGAACCGGUGGUAAUGGCACUGCUGAAAUACUGGCCAAAGACUCACAGUCCAAAAGAAGUCAUGUUUUUAAAUGAACUAGAAGAAAUUUUAGAUGUUAUUGAGCCAUCUGAAUUUGUUAAAGUUAUGGAACCUCUCUUCAGACAGCUAGCCAAAUGUGUGUCCAGUCCACACUUUCAGGUUGCAGAGCGAGCAUUAUACUACUGGAAUAAUGAAUAUAUUAUGAGUUUAAUUAGUGAUAAUGCAGCAAAGAUUUUACCCAUCAUGUUUCCAUCCUUGUACCGGAAUUCAAAGACGCAUUGGAAUAAGACAAUACAUGGCUUGAUAUACAAUGCUCUGAAACUCUUCAUGGAGAUGAACCAAAAACUGUUCGAUGACUGCACACAGCAAUUUAAAGCAGAAAAACUGAAAGAGAAGCUAAAAUUGAAGGAGCGGGAAGAAGCAUGGGUUAAAAUAGAAAAUCUAGCCAAAUCAAAUCCCCAGUACCCCACCUACAGUGACACGAGUUUGCUGAACAGUCCUGUUGCAAUGGAAACAGACGGGCCUUUAAUUGAAGAUUUGCAGACGCUGAAAAAGACAGUGAAAGAAGAGGCUUGUCAGGCACAAAAAGAUCAGAAAAAAGAUCGUCCUCUUGUGCGACGCAAGUCAGAACUGCCUCAGGAUAUCUAUACCAUGAAAGCCUUGGAAUCACAUUGCAGAGCUGAUGAAUUAAUAUCACAUGAUGGGCAUUAAACUAUUACAGUGAAAUAUUAUUUUGGAGGAAAAGUUGUUUUCUUUUCUGGACUCAGUUCUACAGUAGAACUUAAUUUUUUGUGCCAUACCAAUCAGUUACACACGAAGUCAAAGCUUUCUUCAACCCAUUUCUGU